GGAAAAGGUGAGGGGGGAGGGGGCAGUGAAACUCAGAGAAACGACUGGAACAACAACACAACAGACUACAAGCUCCUGAAAUUAUCCCUCAGACAUCUUCACCGAGCGGACGACGGAGAAACAGGCACGGGAGAGACACGUGUCCUUCUCUUCAUCGAUGUAGUUUAUAUUAAUCCUUUUAAGAAUAUUAGCGAGCUGAAACCUUUGGACAGUUUGUUAGCGUAAGGUAGCCUGUUAGCCUCUUAGCCUGACAGCUAGCUUCGACGAACGCUUUGAAGAAAAAAAGGAGUAUUAAUUGUGUAUGGAUAUAAUAAUAAUCUUCACUGCUGAAACCGGUGUCGCUACAUUUGGAAAGCAGUAGUAGUGUAAACCCAAAGGGAUGGGACUCAAAACGGACAAAAAUGAUAAAGUGAAUUUAAUUCAAUCCGUCUUUAUUGUUAUGUUUGCAGAAGAGUCUGUCGUUUGCACGUAACCGAGUCCUUUAACCAGCCAGGUUUCUGUGUUUACUUAAAGAAUUAAAUCUAAUAUAUCGGUAACAUUUAAAUCUACUAAUAGGUUGGAAUAAAGUUUGUUAACUAAACAGUUCGUGCAUAGCAGAGUGUGUUUGUUUGUUUGUUUGUUUUGUUUCUUUAAAGUAAAUAAAUAAAAAAGCGCAGAGCAGCUUGUCUGUGAACCGGACGCUGGACACUGCUGGACCAUGCCUCUGGUAUUUCUGGAGAGAUUUCCUUGGCCCAGUUUGCAGACUUACACUGCUCUGAGUGCAGUGCUGCUGGCUGGGACUUUGUUAAGUGCCUACACAGCUGUGACAGAGACUGAAGCUCCAUCUGCAGAAGAAACCCCCAGCAGCUCCGUAGAUGACAUUAAAGUAAAGCCAGAUGAAAGUAAUGGCAAUGUGUCCACCGAUGUACUGCUCUAUCUCAUCUCGGACAGCUUGUUUGUUUGGGUUUUGGUGAACACUGCCUGCUGUGUCCUCAUGCUGAUUGCCAAAGUGAUCCAGUGCAUUGUUUUUGGUCCUCUGAGGGUCAGUGAGAAACAGCACUUGAAGGACAAGUUCUGGAACUUCAUCUUUUAUAAAUUCAUCUUCAUAUUUGGGGUGCUGAAUGUGCAGACCGUUGAAGAAGUGGUGCUGUGGUGUUUGUGGUUUGCUGUUCUGAUCUUCCUUCAUCUCAUGGUCCAGCUCUGUAAAGAUCGCUUUGAAUAUCUGUCCUUUUCUCCAACAACCCCCAUGAGCAGUCAUGUCCGAGUGCUCACCCUGCUGGUGUCCAUGCUGUUGUGCUGUGGAGGUCUAGCGGUGCUCUGUGGCCUUGUUGGUCAUCUCCAUGGCAUGCAUACUGUUGCCUUUAUGGCUGCUGAAUGUUUACUUGUUACAGUGCGCACUGGACAUGUUAUUACAAGGUACUCUAUUCACUUGUGGGACCUGAACCAUGAAGGCACCUGGGAAAGCAAAGGCACAUAUGUCUACUAUACUGACUUCAUUAUGGAACUCACCCUCCUCUGCUUAGACCUGAUGCAUCACAUCCACAUGCUGCUCUUUGGAAAUAUCUGGUUGUCGAUGGCCAGCCUGGUGAUCUUCAUGCAGCUUCGCUACCUCUUCCAUGAGGUGCAGAGGAGAAUCCGUCGCCACAAGAACUAUUUGCGUGUCAUUGACAAUAUGGAGUCCAGAUUUGCUGUAGCGACCCCAGAUGAGCUUGUUGCCAAUAAUGAUGACUGUGCAAUCUGCUGGGACUCUAUGACCUCAGCACGGAAGCUGCCCUGUGGACACCUUUUUCAUAGUUCAUGUCUGCGCUCGUGGCUAGAGCAAGACACCUCUUGUCCGACAUGCCGCAUGUCACUGAACAUUAACGAGGGCGUGAGAGAGAGGGAGGAGGGGCAGAGGGCACCAGCUGAUGACAACAUGGCCGCAGGGCCCGGAAACGAUGUCCGACCUCACCUCAACCAGCACAACCACUUUUUUCACUUUGAUGGCUCACGAAUUGCUAGCUGGCUUCCAAGCUUCUCUGUGGAAGUUAUGCAUACAACCAACAUCCUGGGCAUUGCUCAAGUCAACAACUCGCAGCUGAAUACCAUGGCCCAUCAGAUACAGGAGAUGUUCCCCCAGGUUCCCUACCAUUUGGUGCUGCAAGAUUUGCAGCUCACUCGCUCUGUGGAGGUCACCACUGACAACAUUCUGGAGGGUAGGAUCCAGGUGCCCUUCCCUGCCCAGCCCUUGGAACGACCACCUGUUCAGGAGAGUCCAGCCCCAGAGGAGCCUGCGGGAGCUAGCAGGGGUUCAGAGCCCACUGCUGCAGAGGCCGAGGACCUUGAGGUGCGAGGUAGCCGCUUCUCAAAAUCUGCAGACGAGAGGCAGAGGAUGCUGCGCCAGAGGAAAGAGGAGCUGCUGCAGAGAGCACGCAGACGCUAUCUGAACAAAAGCAAUGUUGGAGAAGCUUUCUCUUCCUCUUUUGCUGACUCUAAGGAGGAGGAUGAUAAUGUCGUACCUGCUCUUGAAGAAGAGGACUCCGGUUCGGACCCUGUGACUAUUCGGCGCAGAAUGCUGGCAGCCGCAGCUGAGCGACGUAUGCACCGGCAUUCGGACACACCAAUUUGAGAGGGUCUGCCACAUUUCCACCUUCCCAUGGUUGUGUCUGUAAUGAAGGGGAAGUAGCUCUUGGUCACUUCUUCCUCCAAUAAAGCCAAAACAUGCAUGACGCUCACUUGUGCCAUGAUCCAGCCAUGGCCAAUCCGUAGCAGACCAGCCGUGUCUCUGAUAGGUCUCAGUGUUUUAAAACUUUUCUGUUGUGCACUUUUCAUAUGACAUGGCAGCUUGGCUGUGUCUAUGGAUAAAUGUCUGUGCGUGUCAUUUGUACCUUUUAAAAUGUUAAGUUCCCGAUCUGCCUAAACAACAAUAGGUUUGUCACUAGGGUUCAGGAAAGAAUUAUGAACCUGAUGCCUGCUAGUUCCUCAGUCGUGUUAGUAUGAAAAAUAAGCUGUAUCUGAACUCUCAUGUGACAUGAACAUCGUUUAGCAUAGUUCUUUCAGGACCGUAGCAAUGCAAGUGUUUGGGAAGGUUGCCUUUAGCUCUUUAUUAAAAGCUGUGUGACUUUUAAACUUUUUGAGCUUUAUGAGGUCUAGUUUUGGUGAUUUUACCUUAAGACACAAGCUAAAACGUAAAACCUGGUUAAGUGUAAACUAAAGGAAAUUAACAUUUUUGGCAUUGACAUGAUCAUUUGCUGUGUCCAUAGGGGAGGUUUUUCUGGUUCACAUUAAAGGUUUUUAGCUUUGACCCUUUUCCAGUUCUGGAACCAAUUUAAGACACACCAUGGUUAACUUCUCUCAGCAGGGUCAUGCUUCAGACGUAUGUGUAUCUGUUUGCAGUGAUUUGGAGGUUUGCAUGCCUGUGGUCUAAUCUCAAUUCACAUUUUGUGUGUGUUGAACACUGCAGACUGCCAGUCAGCUCAGCUUUUCUGUUUGAGUUUUGCUCAUUAUUUAAAGAUCUUUUGCGAGGAAAUGUGUUAAUCCUGUAGUUUUGUCUACUCAUUUCUUGUCACGUUUCUGCUUUGGUGUUUGCAUUUGGUUGUUACAUCAAUGAUUUAUAGCUCUGUAAGCAACCAAUACAGCAAAAUGUUACUUUAUAUGUUAUUACUGCCUUAUGUUAUGGCGGAGAGGCGUGAGCUGAGAUGUUCAGAUUUGAUCAGCAUACAUGAAGACAUGUAACAAGAGACUGUUUAUUCUUUGGGGUUCUGCUUAUAGUUUCAGGGGUUUUUUCAAAUUCAGCAUGAAUGGAAAAACUUGUCAGCUUUUGUUGAAUUAUUUUUAUUAAUCAGUAAUAUUUUUCUGAAUGCAGUUUAAGGGAGAAAGCUCUAUUUUGCAUAAUAUAAUAAAUCACUAAAACUUUUUAAUGAAGAUGAAUGUGUUAGGGCUGAUAUUUUACCAUUUGAGUAAAUGCAGGAUCUCACUAGCAUUCCCACAGUAAAUGCAGAGUGGCUCCGUGGCUUAUUAUUUUGACUCAAGUGAUCUUGCUUUAUAAAAGGUUUAAGAAAUUAGCUACCACUUAUUACAUUUCUUUCAUUUUCUCCCUCUGUUUGUUGCCUCUUUCUAUGCAUGAAAUCAUUGCUUGUGAUGCAUAGGUCUUAUAUUGCCUAACAAAGUAUUUCCAAAGAAACCACAAGUCAUUUUUACCUGAGGCUUGAAAUUGUGAUAGGUUUUUCUAGUGAUAAAGCUCAUACUCAGACCAAAAGGUCAGAUUUGGAGCUCUACACUGUGCUCUUGCAGCUGCACCUUUCAUCAGUAUUUCUGUACCUGAGAAAAGUGUAAGUAUCUGAAGUGUCUCCACACAAUUGUUCAGAUACAUCGUCAUUGUUAACACAUGGUUUACUUCUUACUGACCUUGUAUACUAAAUCUGAACUGUUUGAAUGCUUUUUCUAUUGAUAACCCCCCUCCCCCCAUGUGUGCCUAAAUUCACCAGUGGAUCAGUUGAACUGUAAAUAAUUUGUAAUGGAGACUGUAUAAUAAAUGUUAAAUGACCCUGUAUAAAAUAAAAUUCAGAAUUAUUGAAA